GGUCAUCUGGUGUGUCAGUGUUUAGCCUUCCCACCCCGGCCUGUAGGUGGUGCAAGCUAAGAAAGGGAAGACAACAAGGCUGGUUACUGACUGUUUAUUCACACCAGUUUAGCAGCAUGCUAGCAGCUACUGUGUUAGCAGUGUGUUAGCACAUACCCUGCCAGUCCAUCUUCACCAAUGUUGGUCCAAGCUAACCCUGCUAGCACUUCAACACUUCUUUGGACUUGGCGGAUCUGACUCUUGUAGGCUGCAAUACUACCACCUACUGGCUGUAUUAUAGGUAAGAGCUGGAUGUUCACGGGACCAAACACUUUCUGUGAGACUUUAAAAUUGACUCAGAGAUUGAGUUUAAAUGAGUUAUUUUUUAAUGUCGAUCUAUCCCGAGCUUUAAAGAAGCCCAAGUCUGUGUUGACCUUGAAUGUGAACUUCAGAUGGAAAUCUCUGCAGAGUCCGAGUGUUUCUGAGGGAAGUGCUGCCAGUCAGAGAGUUUAUAAAGCACGUCUAAAUAUAGCUGCUGUGUCACAGCUCAGUGGGCGCCGUUGAUGUGAGAAAUGUGAGAAACAUAAAAACAGCCUUGUCUGGGAGUCACCACACCCACCACUCUGUAUGUUGACAUGGAGACAUGGAGACUGGAACAGGCAAAGCAUUCAACCUGUCCAAAAAAAGACAACGUCCCACCGUCAUUUAACAGAGUGACGUCAGACGUGCUGCAGUGAUUGGCUGUGGCAGGAGUUUAGUGAUAAAUAAUAACUUAUAUCUGUUGUACAGAACAUUUAAUUCACACAGCAGGAAAAUCCAUCCCCACAGUCAGAGGCAAACAGGAUGUUGAUGAUCUUCCGUGACGUCACAGGGCUGAACGUUAAUAAUGUCAAAUGUGCGGUCACUCUCAUGCAAAAUCUUAAGUGGAUUUCAGUUUAACUUAUUGAAUCGGACACGUGACGAAAAUCAAUAACGUGGACUUAAAAUAAUCUCUAUUUUAUCAAAUAAGUUUGUUUUUAAUAAGCGAUCGCGUCAAAGUACUCGAUAAAACACAACUCAGACAGAAUAUCCCUUUAUAACGGCAACGCUGCCUCGAUGUACCUGCUCCGAAAACGUCUUCUUUGUGAUUGGCCAAUACACACGUCCAUCAUGUCUGUACAAACGUGAUUGGCCAGUGGGGCCUAUUCCUCGUCGGUGAUUGGUGGCAUUCACGUCAGUCACUCUGCUCCGGUCGAUGUGUUUGUCAGAAGGUGUGAUGAGACACCGGUCCCAGGAAGUAGCGCUUUAUUCCAUGUUUAUAAGGAUAAGGAUUCGAACCAGCGUUCGUUUCUGGGCUCAGAACCGACAAGUGAAGGAGUUUAAAUACAUAUGGAUGAAUGUAAAUCGACCCAGUUCGGUCCGCGGCAUCACUGUGAUGAUUCCUGCUCUGUUUACAGUUUAGCCUGACGGUGUUGUGAGGGGACACAGGAACCGGAGCGUGAAGCUCCCACACGCAUUUUCUUUUUUGGCGGAAAAUCACGAAAAACACAUUUGAACAUUUUUCACCUGUGUCGGCGGCAGCGAAUAUUCGACUCUGGAGCAGGACACGGAGGAUAGCAUGGCCAUGACGGGGGGGACUGCAGCUGCCCUGCCCAUGAGCAACCACACCAGAGAGAGGGUGACUGUAGCCAAGCUGACGCUGGAGAACUUCUACAGCACCCUGCUGACCCAGCACGAGGAGCGGGAGAUGAGACAGAAGAAGUUGGAGAAGGUGAUGGAUGAAGAGGGAUUACCAGAUGAAGAGAAAGUGAUGCGGCGAUCGCAGCACGCCCGUAAGGAGACGGAGUUCCUGCGACUGAAGAGGACCCGACUGGGCCUGGACGACUUUGAGUCCCUGAAGGUCAUUGGACGAGGGGCUUUCGGAGAGGUCCGUUUGGUCCAAAAGAAGGACACAGGCCACAUCUAUGCCAUGAAGAUCCUGAGGAAGGCAGACAUGUUGGAGAAGGAGCAGGUGGCUCACAUCAGGGCAGAGAGGGACAUCCUGGUGGAGGCCGACGGAGCCUGGGUGGUGAAGAUGUUCUACAGCUUCCAGGACAAGAGGAACCUGUACCUGAUCAUGGAGUUCCUGCCUGGAGGGGACAUGAUGACUCUGCUGAUGAAGAAGGACACUCUGUCCGAGGAGGCCACUCAGUUCUACAUCGCUGAGACGGUUCUGGCCAUCGACUCCAUCCAUCAGCUGGGCUUCAUCCACAGAGACAUCAAACCUGACAACCUGCUGCUGGACUCCAGGGGACAUGUGAAGCUGUCGGACUUUGGACUGUGUACAGGACUGAAGAAGGCCCACCGCACCGAGUUCUACAGGAACCUGACCCACAACCCCCCCAGUGAUUUCUCUUUUCAGAACAUGAACUCCAAGAGGAAGGCAGAGACGUGGAAGAAGAACCGUAGACAACUGGCCUAUUCCACCGUGGGGACCCCGGACUACAUCGCCCCCGAGGUCUUCAUGCAGACUGGCUACAACAAGCUGUGUGACUGGUGGUCGCUGGGCGUCAUCAUGUAUGAAAUGCUCAUUGGUUACCCCCCGUUCUGCUCGGAGACGCCACAGGAGACGUACAGGAAGGUGAUGAACUGGAAGGAAACGUUGAUCUUCCCACCAGAGGUUCCCAUCUCAGAGAGGUCCAAAGACCUGAUCCUCAGGUACUGCACAGAUGCUGAGAACAGGAUUGGUUCAGGCAGCGUGGAGGAAAUCAAGAGUCACUCCUUCUUUGAGUCUGUGGACUGGGAGCACAUCAGGGAGCGUCCUGCAGCCAUCUCCAUUGAGAUCAAGAGCAUCGAUGACACGUCCAACUUCGAUGACUUCCCAGAGUCAGACAUCCUUCAGCCAGCCAAUUCCACGGAGCCGGACUUCAAGUCCAAGGACUGGGUCUUCCUCAACUACACCUACAAACGCUUCGAGGGUCUGACCCAACGAGGGACCAUUCCCACGUACAUGAAGGCAGGCAAGGCCUGA